UCCGUCAGUCUCUCCUCUAAGCUUGAGGAAACCCGAAAGGAAACUUUGGGAAGACUGCUGAAAAGUUAUUAGCGACUCAAUAAAAUAAUCGCUCUAAAAUGAACGACAUGACAACUGAAUCUGAAGCAACACGGGGAUCGAAGUCUUCAGUUUGAGGCGCAACGCGAAAUACAAAUGGACAGGACGCGUAUGUUGAUUUGGGGAAUAAUCACAGCUGUUGUCCUAUGCAAAUACUCCCAGGCUGAAUGGAAUACCACAAAUGCACAGGCGAAUGGGACUGUGUCCUGCAAUCCCCAUGACAACAGCAGCAACUGCACAGAUUUAAAAGAUGACCACAAAUGGAGUGGUCACUUCUCUAAGUGUCCAAAGGACUAUAAGCAUUACUGUAUCCAUGGUGUUUGCCGUUUUGUGGAGGAACAGAACACUCCUUCAUGCAGAUGUGAAAUUGGAUAUAUUGGCUCUAGGUGCGAAUAUCUUGAUCUUAAUUACCAUGUGGGAGAACGAAGAAAAAUAGUCAUCGCAUGUGUGGUCGCAGGAUUGGUCUUUCUGAUUUUGCUCAUCGUCUUCAUAUACGUCUGUACACAUAAACGAUAUAAACCAUGUAGAAAGAAGAAGAGAAAAAAGGAAACAAGUGAUGAAGAUGAGAAGCUCAGUUCACUAAACACACAUGAAGCUUUAGCUGCUCCGGUCGACACAUGCGACACUAAUGCUGUAUGAAUAAAAACAGGGAAGUGAUCCUGCCAGGGUUGGGAAUGGCCUGGAAAUGUGGACUUGUCCUGCCAAGUUAUGAAUGCAGUGCUUUACAGUAUAAUCCUGAGUGGACUUUAAAUGAAUUUGGGAGAUAUGGUGUGUCAGGCAACCUUUGCCAAUCUGUAUGCUACUGUUUACCUCAUUCUUCAUGCCACAAAAGAUUUUUAUACUUUUCAGAAAAAAAGUGUCGAUGAACUGAACAAAUAUGCCUUCAGACUGGCUGUAGUGACAAAGUGGUGCCGUUCAAUAUGCUGAAUGCAAACAAAGCCUAUCCAUGUUGGUUUAGAUAUAGGCCUAUUUCUAUUGCAUACGAAGCACAGAAUAUUGAAAAAAAAAAUCCAUAUAAUGUUAAAUUAAAAAUGAAAUUAUAACAGUUUAAGCAGUUUCUGAAAGUAGUUCUCCUGACAGUAACGGACCAAAAUAUUCUAUUAACUUUGAUUUAUUUAUUAACAUGUAAAUACAAAAUGUUUUGCUUUGUUUGAUUUUAAAAGAAUAUAUUAAGUAAAUUGUGGAGGAAAAUUACCAUCUAUAUAUGUGAAAAAGUAUUUUUGUUUUCUUUAUUGAGCUUUUUGACAGAAAAGUAUAAUAAAUAAAUAAAAAGAUUUGCAAUUUGUUCAAAAAUAUUUACUGAUAAACUUUUUUUAAUGAAAAAGAAUAAUUGUAUAUAUUUGUGUUCGGUUAGAUACAGUUUGGAAAUAUGUUAUUCGCUGGUGAUGUAAAGCUAGGAGUAUGUUUCAAAUGCUGUUCAGAUUUCGAAGCACUAAACAUUUUUAAGAUUUUCUUUAAAUGCAAAGCUAUAUUUACUUUAUACCCUAAAAUGUCUUUAUAAAUUCAUGCGAGUAUUGUUACACAAGAAAGUCUGAUUUUCAGUGGGUGCUCCAGUGGUUUUAAGUGAUGGAUUU